AUGGAAGAAGAAUUAUACCAUCACUCUCACACAUCAGAGGCACCUUCUUCUUGUUCUAACCAUGAAGAUAUUCAACACAAGCAUAGCAACCAACAAGAACAAGUCAACAUUUCAAACACAAAGUCAUUUAUGAUUUUAAUGUGGGGCAAUGUUUGGUCUUGCAUUGUUGUUCUUGUGCUAUUUUGGCUCAUUGAAUCUGUUACUCUUGUUUUUGUUGGUGUUCGAGGAUCUAAUUUACAAUUAGGUCCUUACUCGUCACAUUUGAUCGAAAUCAACUCAAUGUUAGUACAAUCUAUCGAGGUGCAACAAAACAAUAAGCCAAAACCUGGUAUGAUGCUUUAUGGAUUUGAUGUUGCUCCUCCACUAGAUGUCAAAAUAAAUUGGAUUGAGAUGUAUGAUGUAUCUAUACCACCAAGAUCUCAAAAGGAAUGGAUAUUCUACCUGAAUAAAGACUCUCAUUUAGAUGUUUUUGUUAGUGUUAAGUCUGUAGCAACACCUCUAAUCUUUGUAAUUGCUAAAGGUAGAGAAAGCAUAGAUGAGUGGAAAGAUGAUCCAUUAUCCUCUGAUGCAACAAUGUAUUGGAAUGAUAUACAUGGAAGCAGUAAUGUUACACAGAAAAUAUCAGAAUCAUCUACUUAUUAUGUGGCUAUUGGCAAUAUGAACCAUCAAAAUGUUAAGGUACAAUUGAGUUUCAAUGUGAAUGCACUUCUCUAUGAUACAACCAACUCUUAUAAAAGAUGUUCUCUGGAUAACAAUUCAUGUACAAUAAGGACAGCUCUUUCUGCAAACAUAGCACUAUUAACCACUCCAGGUCCUAGAGAGGGUGUAACUAAUCAAGAAUGUUUUGAUGUGAAUGUGUCUUAUGAACCAAGAUGGAUGAUAUAUUUUAUAGGAACAGGUGUGAUGGCUGUCAUAAUCAUAUGUGUAUUGGAAUUUUACCAAUUGAUCCAAACAAACAAUGAAGAAAAUGCAAGGUUUCGAUUCCAACAAGUGGAAGUGAUUUCGGAAAGAGCUCCAUUAUUGUCUAGAAAAGAAAGUGAUGUUACAAGUUUGAGUUCAUCUUAUGAUUCUUUCUCAAGUGAUGAUGAGAAUUUCAGUGAAGGAAAAUCAAUAUUAGAAGGGGAAACCAGCAAUAAUGAUCUUAGGUGUUUGUGUGUUAUCUGUUUUGAUGCAAGAAGGGAUUGCUUUUUUCUCCCAUGUGGCCAUUUUGCAACUUGCUAUGCUUGUGGAAUAAGAAUUGCUGCAGAAACUUGCACUUGUCCCAUUUGCAGAAGGAAAAUGAAGAAAUUAAGAAAAAUUUAUAUUGUGUAA